GCUCCGGCAUGGACGGAGCCGGGCUGGGCGUCACCGCCUGCGCCGCGGCCGCGGGGCUGCUGCUCUACCGCAUCGCGCGGAGGAAGAAGCCCACACAUGUGACAGUGAACUGCUGGUUCUGCAAUCAGGACACGGUGGUGCCCUACGGGAACCGCAACUGCUGGGACUGCCCCAACUGCGAGCAGUACAACGGCUUCCAGGAGAAUGGAGACUACAACAAGCCCAUCCCUGCCCAGUACAUGGAACACCUUAACCACGUUGUGUCGGGCACUCCAACUUUCUGUGACCCUGCCAAACCACAGCAGUGGGUGAGCAGCCAAAUUCUGCUCUGCAAGAAAUGCAACAACCAUCAAACCAUGAAAAUCAAACAGCUGGCUUCAUUCUCACCAAGGGAGGAGGGCAAGUACGACGAGGAGAUUGAGGUGUACAAGCACCACCUGGAGCAGACCUACAAGCUGUGCCGCCCGUGCCAGGCUGCUGUGGAGUAUUACAUCAAACACCAGAACCGGCAGCUGCGGGCGCUGCUGCUCAGCCACCACUUCAGGCGCCGGGAGACGGACAAGAGCUACAGCCAGAAUCUGUGUUCAUCCUCCUCUUCCAUUUGCAUCACCACACCAGCUCAGGUGAUACUUCUGCGGUUCCUGGCCUUCCUCAGCUGCGCCUUCCUGGUUCUGAUGGCCUUGUACGGGUCAGGCGACCCCUUCUCCCUCAGCACAGCUGUCCCUGCUCCUGUCCCCUCUGGCCCCCUGAGGAACAGGACCGGCGCGGGCAGUGCCGGGGGCAGGGGCAGUGCCAGCUCGGGGCAGGGCUGGCAGGAGCUGCUCCACCUGCUCCCACAGCACCUGCUGGAGAACCUGAGCGCGGCGUGGGCCUAUGGCAAGAAUCACCAGAUGGCAGUGGCCGUGCUGGGGCUCUUCACCUGCCUGCUGGCCAUGUUCCUGGCUGGGCGCAUCAGGCUCCGGCGGAUCGAUGCGUUUGCCUCGGUGCUGUGGCUGGUGGUGAUGAGCCUGCAUCUGGCCGAGCGGUACCUGAAGACGGACACGCCCAGCUGGCUGGACACGGCCAAGUUCAGCACCACGUCCCUGUGCUGCCUGGUGGGCUUCACCGCAGCCGUGGCCACGCGCAAGGCAACGGGCCAGCGGAGAUUCCGGCCCCGAAGGUACCUCUCUGGGGACUCCAUUACUGUCUUUCCCAGCAGCCCUGGCACGGCCUUCCCUUCACCUGCUACGUCUCUGUUUGUCCCAACACCACCCAGCAUCCUCCACCUGACAAACCAGCAGCUCUUCAGGUCCCCACACAGAACUUCCUCAUCCUCCCUUCCCGGCCGUCUCAACAGGGCGCUCUCGCUGGGCACCAUCCCCUCGCUGGCCCGGGCAGAUUCUGGCUACUUGUUCAGUGGAAGCCGACCGGCCUCACUGUCAUCCCAGUCCAAGGAGUCCCCUGCAUCAGAUCCCUUGUCCCUGCUGUCCGGCAGCGCUGUCCCCUCCCGCAUCCCGUCCCCGGCGCCGUCGGUGGCCGGCUCGGUGGCCUCGGGCUCGGUGGCCUCCAGCUCGGGGUCGCUGCGCUUGCGCCGGCCGCUCAUCAGCCCUGCCCGCCUCAACCUCCAGGGACAGAAGCUGCUGCUGUUCCCGGCACAGAACGAGGCCCUGCUCACCCCGAGCGGCUCCGAGGAGCAAACCCACUCCGACAGCAAUGCCUCUGCCCCCGAGCUGCCCGGCUUGCCCAGGAGGAACCUCGCGGAGCGGGGAGUGCCCGAUAUGAGAUCUGCUGUGGAAGGGGGGAGUAUUUGCAGUGAUAAUUCCAUCAAAAAGGAGGAUCACUCAUCACACUCAUCUACCUGUGUGGUGGACACAACUACCAAAGGGGAAGAUUUGGCAGGUUGGAAAGGUCGCUUUGGCACCUCUGCUCUCCGGGGCUUGCUGGCCGUGAGCCUGACUCUCAACGCUGUCUUCACCUCAGCCUACGUCUACAGGAGCCUGCGCUGAUUUGUGCCAGCACUCCCUUUCUCUCUGGUUCCACCUGGUCCUGAGGAGACAAGAACUCAACCAUGGCUCCAUGGCCAAUGGCCAUGCCACGGGUGCAUGCUGUUUUUUAAAAACCUACUGUACACUCAACUGGCAUGAAAAGGAAUCUGGGCAGCUGCUGCCAUCACUUCCAGGUAGAAAAUAUCCCAGGAUUGUCCCUGGAGAUGGCAGGCAGAAUUCCCAGCUCCAGUUCAAAGCAGGAGGCAGCCCAACAGCUCACACGCUUUUUUUCAAAAGAACUGACCUGAGACACGAGCCUGAAAAUGUGUGAGCUGUGUUUUUAGGAACCUACCCCCAGCUCUUUCUGACAUAUUGACCUCGUGCUGAUGGUGCUGGUAAAAUGGGGAGAGUUAGAACAAAUGAGCUGAAGAAGAGGGAUGGCUUAGUAGCUGGUGCUGGGCUUUGGCUACUGUAACAGCAUCCCCAGCCUCGGCUCAGUGGUUCCUCUUCUCUCUUCUCUUUGGCAUUCUUCUCUAAAUUGUCAGUGAACUUUCUUUAGUUGCCUUAAGCUUGCCUAAGCACAUGGGUGACCUUGGCUGCUCUGUCAUGUUCUUGCAUCUUAGAUGUCCUUGUGCUUCCAGCUGGGCCUGGCCCCGAGGCCACUUUCCCCAGCUCCAUUCUGGCCACGCUGGCUCUCGGCUGCUGAGUGUAGCUGUGUCCAGCCAGCUCUGGCUGCAGGGGAGCUCAGCCCCGACAGACACCCUGUGCUGCCUACAUCAGAACCUGGAAGCCCAUGCCUUGCUUUGCCCAGGAGGCAUCAACUGUGUUACUCUGAAGUGGGUGAAAAGAAAGGACCCCGGUGUGAUUUGCACCAUAGUCAAAGGGCUUCAGCUCACAGCUCUGCUGGAGUUUUCACUGAAGCAGUGAGUGGCAGAGCCUGUUCUUGCUGUAAAUCGCACAAAUCUGUUCUGUUAGAGGUGGGUGAGGAGCUGUCUGAUUGUAUACAUCUAUCCAGAAACCUGACACCUCAUUUUGAUGCUGGGAUUUGCUAAGUAGCUGUUACAGAUAUUUCUUGUUUAGUGAAAUUCCCAGGUGCUCUCAGUGAGAAGUGCCAAACCUGCUUCUUGACAAUUCAGCCUUCUGGGUAGAUUCUUCUUUUCCAGCCCAAGGAAAGUAGUAGAUUUUCAAAAGCAGUUUGUAAUUUGGGUAUUUCUGCUUUUGGGUGAGUCUUCAGCAUUGCUUAGAAUUCAGGGGCCAUUUAGAGUAUUGUGCUGAACACUCAGAAUCAUUUAGUGCAUCUUAGGGGAAAAAAUAGAAAUCCUGAUGUUGUUUUGGUUCCCAAAAGCCAAGUGCAGAGAGAUUUACCAGUGUGUCAAAAAUACCUGGUGAGAAGAGAGUUGACUGGCAUUAGCUGUGUAUUUCCUGAAGCAGGACUUGGAUCUAUUAAGAGUUUUUCUGUUGUCUCUUCCUUUGGGCUCCUUUACCUCAAAUUUCACUCCCCCACCCCACUGCCCUGUGUUUGCAUCCAAAAUCGGUGCUGUGUCUUUCCCUCCCUUUCAGUUUGCUGCUGUUCCCUCUCGUGUGUUCUUGCAUGUGCACAGAACAAAGUGUAUCUGCUGCUGACCACUGUCUGCUCUGACCCUGAGAGUCACUUCAUUUUCUUCUUGUGUGUUUUAAUUGAGUUCCUACCCUGGAGCCCUAGCCAGAGUCUAAUCGGCGUGCAUGUGACAGCUUAAAUGGGGCUUUCCUGCUGCUGAUUCGAGCACUGAAAAACUGAGUGUCUGUGUUUGCCAAGUCUCCCUGCAUGGUUUCAGCUGCCACUUCCAGCUGCUGCUCCCACCCUCCCUGAGGGUGAGACUGGUCCCUGCCAGAGCUGCACUCACACGUGCUGAUCCGAGGGGCUGAAGAAAGGUCGCUCCUGACUCUGCCUCUCCUUUGGCCUCCUCAGAGAGCUGCUGCAGGGCUGUGAAGGGCAGCACCUCCUGGACAAGGGCCCAGGGCCAGGAGAGACCUGCAGCAGAAAGAUGUGCUGCAGACUGCUGAUGAAUUCUGUUGUAUCUUGCAUGAAUAGUUCCUUGUAGCCAAACCGGACCCAUAACCUGUUGUAAAGAGAUUUUUGUCCCUUUUAUAGACUUUGCACGCUCACCCGAGCAUGUGUACAGGCAGGAUGAUGGCAGAGCAACUGCCAAGCUUCUCUUUAAACCUCUGCUCCCUGGGUUCCAUGAUGUUCUGGUGCAGCGUGUGACAUCCCAUUCACGGAUCCUUGUCCUGCCUAGAGGCCUCCUGCAGACGAGCUGCCAGAAGAUGCUGUGGCUUUGCUUGUCUUUAUCACCCAGCAGAUGUGCACUGUGACUUCAUGUAUGCAAACCUCCCACUUCCACCUCCCAGCCUGCGCUGAGUUUCACCACCACACUCAACCAGAUUGCAAUACCAACCUUGUCCUCCUCAUUGCAAUACCAACCUUGUCCUCCUCAUUGCAAUACCAACCUUGUCCUCCUCAUUGCAAUACCAACCUUGUCCUCCUCUUUGCAAUACCAACCUUGUCCUCCUCAUUGCAAUACCAACCUUGUCCUCCUCUCCAGCAACCCAGGAGCUGCAGCAUCUCUUCCCACCCGCAUUCCAGAGCAGGAACGCUGUGUAACCUGUCACUGCACUUCUGUGGCUGCUCACUCAGACUGUUCCUGGAAGGGGUUUGGUGACCUUGUCCAAAGUAAUAGAGAGACUUUGGGUUUUAUUACUGAAGAGGGAAGUUUUUCAUUCUGGUGCUAGAACUCUCCCGUGGUGCUCUCACGGUUGUGAAGCCUUUGUUUGAGGAAUACACGAGCGUGUGUGUGUGUGUGUGUGUGUGUGUGUGUGUGUGUGUGUGUGCCUGCUGAUACACAAAAACAUUUGGAAGGUUUCUUCAUUUCAGAAGAUCUGAGCCCAUGUUUGUGUUUAUAUUGUUGGCCUUAAUCUAGCUCGUAGAUACUGUGUCUAUCUUGCUGCUCUUUUCUGUACAGAGCUGGUCUGGAGUAAGCAGAAGUUUAUCUGGUCCCCCUGUAAAAAUCUCUGAGACUGAUGAUGCUGAUCUUCAUACAGUGUUGUUCAGGGGGGAGAUUUUAUUUUUCUAAUAUUUUUCCUACUGUAAAAACUGUUGGAGUGUAUGGAGUGGAAAAGAUCUUUACAAAAUGGCCUGAUAAAGAUUUGAACAUGACUUAAUACCAACAAUUAAUGAUUAGGUGGAAUAUAAAUGAGCUUUAUUUCCACACCUUUUCCAUUUCCUACUUUCCAUUGAAAAUGUCCAGGUACUUCUUCUUUAGAUAUGGGCUUGUUAGACAUGUUCUGAGACCUUGCAGAUACUUUAGAUGAUUUUGCUGUUCUGAAUUAAAAAGAAUUUGUAUUUUGGAGUCUGGUUCCAGUUCUGCAGUCUGGGAAGUUUGGCAGAUGUGACAGAUAUUAUGCACAUAUCUAUUUGAUGGGAUAGAGGGAGUGGGUAGAACGACUUUCUGGUUUCUGAAGUUUAUCAUAUCUUUUUACAUAAAAACAUAGACAUUAAAUUGGUCACUGUGCGGGGAAAUAUCCUUACUGCUGGCAUAUGUAGGCCAGAUUCACUGAAUUUUAGGCUAUUUGUUCAAGCAGCAGAUCAGGCCUGUGAAUGUUUGAUUCCCACUCCCUCUUCCUGGGUGCUGGGAACAUCUGUAAAACACUGCUGACCUGGCUGGGUUCCUUGUGACAGGGCAGCUGGACUGAAGGGCUUCUGUUGCCUGUGGAUGCUGCUAUAUUUUUUUCUUCCAAGCACCAUUCCUGGAAAUAACGAUGGUCUUAACCUCUCUCACAAAGAUUUGUUAAAAGCCUAGGAUGGGCCAAUUUGGCCCAUACUUUUUUUUCUUUCUUCUUAAAUAUACGUUGCAUCCAGAAAUUAUCAUCACUGUGUUCUGGUGUGGGAGUAAGGUACAGAGUAUUUUUGGAUUGAAUGGGUAUCUAGAGAGGGUGAGGAGGACAAUUUCAAGUCCUAAACCUUAUUUCCUGUGAAAGAAAGACUGUAUGUUACGUGUGUACUUCUUUGGGGAGCUCUAUCACUGUACAGUUUAGUUAAACAUGCUCCAAGGAAGGAGAAGCUGUUCCUCGGAGGUUUUUAGUUCAUGCUUUGUGUUUAAAGAGGAAUAUUUUUCUUUAAAAAAUAAAACCGGAUAAGUUUUCA